CCUCUCUCUCGCUCUCCCCUCCCCUCGUGUGACUGAGAAUGCCCGUGUUGAAUUGACAGAGACGAUACGGGCUUAGCAGACAUGGAGGCCCGAUUAAUGACCGAGGCCCAUUACGACACGUCUCGGCUCAGCUAACGUUGUGUUGGAGAAGAGUCCAUUCGUGUUUGGAGAUAUCAAGGAUACCAAUUGCUGUGAGGAGAAAAAAAACAGGGCGAGGGACAAGAAAUAGAGAGAGAUCCAUUUCGGAGCUCUGUUGAUUCAACGCAGCCGCCAUUUUGUUGACAGUUCGUCUUUUUUGAAUAAGGCUGCAUCUAUUGUAUUUAAAUAUCUGCUUCCUUAAAUGUUGCUAUUGCAUUUGUCUCUACUCCUUCGACGGAAGAGUAUUCUAAGGCAUGGCUGUACUAGCUGACUCGCUAGCUUGCCUGCUAAAUAAUAUUGCAUCGUUAGCCGUCAUAGUUUAGCUUUAGCUACAAAGCUAGCACGAGUCGCUACGCGAAAAUGACAGGUUAUUUGGUUUAGUUUGUAUUAGUUUAUUUGUGAACAGUCUGCGUUUAUUUGCAUAAUAUCAAAUGAUUUCAAGCUGUCAGAUGGAUACAUUUCCCACAAGUACGGUCACGUUGCUGGAAAUGUAAGUUAUCCCAGCAAGGUAGCCCAGAUGAUGGCUUGCUAGCGAGCACCAUUGAUACAAUGUAACAUAGGUUAUUGGACGACCCAUAUAGCUUGUUACAAAAUCAACACUGUCCUCCUAUGAAUUAAUACAUUGUAAAUAGUCGCUACUGCACCGGCGAUAUUUUGUUGCCUCGUUCCAAAAAUGGUCAUUCUAGAAUUGGCAACAAUGUAAUAAUUUACUUCCUUUUGGCGUCUUGUCUAACUUUCUGUUUUUCGUUAUAUUUCUCUCGUAAGCAAUAUUACCGUGUUAGGACGUCGGUUUGGGGUCACUGCUAAACAAUAACGUUAACUAGAAUAUGAAUGAGCAGUUUAGCAAUAGCUGACCACUUUGCUUAUUACAGCAGUACUAUUAUCAAGUCAAAUAGUCAGUUGAUGCAAAUGAGUUCUAAAUGGGUACAUUUUUGGGACAUGUCAGAAUUCGUAAUUGAUCUCCCAAAAUCGGAAUGGAUGUAUAAUUUUGAAAUUUCUCUGAUUUUUGCGGUUUUGGCAAAUCAGCAGUGGGGCAUAUACUGUGGCGACCAUGUUGAUACGCACGAAGGGGGGAUUUCGAUCCACAUAAUGUGAACACAUUUUUUGGACUCCUACGGAGCUUGAAGGACGGAGAAAGAGGGCUGGGCAGCCAGGAAGGGAGAAAAGACACCGAGCAAGGAUUGCUUUUUAGCUUCCCCAAUAUCCCCCUUCACUCCUAUCCCGUCUCUUCCUGGACCGCUGCCUUUUCCUAGAAAACUGUACCUGCCGUCCGAAACAUCCCUCCCUAGUCACCCCUCACCCCCUAAAUCUCUGAUGGAUCAGAGGACUCAGGGGGGGCCUGCUACUCCACCCCCCCUCUCCAUCACUGCUCCCCAAGGGGAGCGAGAGAAGGCAGGAGGGGGUGGGAAGAAAGACGAGGAGGAGAAAGAGGCGUCGCAGAAAGACCCCUCUUCUGCUGCAGGUGGAGGAGGGGGCUCCGGUGACCAGCAGCAGUCACCCCAGUUCUCUGUCAAAGAGACUAGCCUCCACGAGGGCAACGUCAAACUCAAGAUUGGCCUGCAGGCCAAACGCAUGAAGAAGCCGCCCAAGAUCCUGGAGAACUACGUGUGUCGGCCGGCUUUCAGGGCCACUGUGAGACCCAGCGGGCGCGGAGGGGGCCGCGGGAGCCGCGUAGGAGUCGGAGCAGGCGACGGGGUCAACCAGACCCAGAGCCCAACACAUGGCAGGGAGAGAGAGCAGAGUCCUGGCAUUAAACGACCCACCCCACCGUCUUCGUCUCCCUCUGCUGUUGCUGCCCCCACUCCUCCUCCACCUGUUUCUUCGCCUUCCACCACUUCACCCAGUCGAGUGAAUGGGAGUACUCCAGCUAAACGGGGUCCUCCGAAGCUGGCCUGCAAGUCAGACAAGUCGGAGGCGAAGUCGGACGGGAAAUCCGCCAUCUCGACGGAGAGACCACUGAAUCUUCACCGCCCUUCUGCAGAUGGCAAAACGCACCACGCCUCUGGGAAGAAGAUGCCCAUGCCCCAAACCAAGUCUCCGACCUCCUCCCCCUUCCCUCCUGCGCCCACAUCACAGGAACCCAGCGUGGAAGGCGUUACCAAUCCUCCUGGGUACAUUUACAGCACUGCAGGUCUGGAAGAGAAGGACCGGGGUGUUCCUAGUUGGGGGGCUCCUACUGUCACUGAGAAACUAGCGCAACUCAUCGCCACCUGCCCUCCCUCAAAGGCCACCAAGGUGAAACCCCCCAAAACGACUCCCUCUCCCACCACCCACACCACUUCUAACUUUAUGGCCCCCACCCAAAAGCAGCGAGACCGCGCUAUGGUCAACAGGGCAACCUAUUCUAGAGCGGUCCACCUAGCUCCACCCCCUCUUGUCUCUCGCCCUCCUGGCCGCCCCUAUGGCUCCAGGAACAAUAAAGACUGUGUUUCGGAGAAGUCACCCACCCCACCUGGGAAAGAGGAGGCAGAUGGAGCCGGCAAGUCUGGCAGCAGUAACAACAGCAACAGCAGUCGCAGCAGCAGCCCUGUGCUAACCUACGCCUGCGGCAACAGCCGCCUGGCAACAACUUCAAAGGACAACAACAGCAACAGUAAAGGCGCGAAGCCGCCACAGUCCCGUCUCACUCACUGCCCACCACCCCACUCCGCGUCCUCCUCUUCCUCCUCCUCACCCUCUUGUUUGUCAUCUUGCUCCUCAUCAGAGAAGAGGACAGGGAGCCUGUCAUGUCGCCAGGGCUCCCAAGCCUCUCAAGGACACCACUCCAGAGACCAAGAAAGUCCCUCCCAGGCAGAGGAGAGGGACAGCAGUGAGAGGGACAGCAGUGAGUGUGACCGGCACGACCCCAGAGACUUAUCCAAAUGCCCCCCACCUUCAGCAUCCAGCAAGCAGGAGUCCAAGACUAAGGGGGCUAAUCAGUCACUCAGAGGGGAGAGAAGCAAGAGCUUGAGCCCCAGUAAACGCAGUCCCAACCCCAGUAAACGCAGUCCCAACCCCAGUAAACGCAGUCCCAACCCCAGUAAACGCAGUCCCAACAGGGAAAGGGACGGUCGCACCCGCUGCAUCUUCAGUCCUCUGGAGACUGUGAGAUGGACUGCCUCGCAGCCAGAGCCUGCCGGCGACCGUUCAUCCCCUCCUCUCAGAGACGAGUCCCCUGGAGAAGAGUCACCAGGCUCGCCUCCAGGGCAGGACAACAAACCCCUGAAGAAGCGGCGAGGCAGAAAGCCCCGCUGGACCAGAAUAGUGAACCGGUCACAGAGGGCGGGCCAGGGCAGCCCAGUUGACCAGCGCGAAACCAUUGUGCCUUUAUCCUCAGGCCUUGAUACUCCCCCACCUAUACGCAGGCCUGUAGGACGGCCUCCUAACCCUAAUAAGGUCAAGCCUUCCGGCGUGUCUCAACUCUUUCCACAGCCAGCCAGGAAAAGGGGACGGCCCAAGUCUAAAAUGCCCAAGCUGGACGCCCCCACUCGGGGACGUCCCCCUCACAAACUGGUCCCAUCCAAGGUAUUUUCUUUACACAAGUCGAAAGAGGAGCAGGACCCCCCUGUUCUCCACCCGGAGGUGGACCUAAAUCCUCCCAAACCUAUGCCGAGGAAGCGGGGGCGACCCAAACGCCUGCCCCCCACCUUGCCGCAGGAGGGUCAGCCCCCCACUCUGGCACCGGAAGGGGGAGAUGGGAAACAGUUCCGGAACAAGGGCAACGGGCAGCUCAUCAUGAAAACCAUCAUAGGCAAGAUCAAUAAGAUGAAGAGUGUGAAACGCAAACGGUUCCUCAGCCAGAUCCUAUUGGGACCAGGGUCUGGACCAGAGCAGGAGUCCCCCAGAGGAACUGCCAGUGGGGUGGUGGGCCAGGUAGCAGCUGCAACCCAGUCUCUAUCCUCCUUGGCUGCUUCUUUUGGUGGCAAACUGGGACCCCAGAUCAACGUAAGCAAAAAGGGGACAGUAUACAUGGGGAAAAGGAGAGGGCGCAAACCUAAAGCAUCAACAAGCCCCUCAUUGGCAGCUUCAACACCUCCCCCGGAGGGGCCUUUCCUGUCCCCAAACACCACAUCGCCCCUCCACCACCAUCAGUCCCAGUCGCAGCAGCACCAUCUCCCCACUGCUGAGGUUUUCCCCUCCCCCUCGCUCUCCCAGUCCAGUGGAGGCCAGAGCCCCAUCAGUGAUGCCUGCUUUGUGGAGCCAGGGGCAGUGCACUUCCUGACACACCCACACUUUCACUCCCACCACGUCCACCACUCGUUCCCCUUCCCUCCCCCGACGUUCUCAGCCCCCUCCCCUCGCACUCUGGGCUCCUCGGCUGCCGUGGCCUCCCAGAAGAAGUCGUGCCGUGGCUACCAUCACCACCACCACCAUUACAGGCAGCACUACCACUACCGUAAGCUAUCCCCUCCCAGGCCUCUCCACCCAACAUCCCCUGCACCUCUGAGUGAACUGAAAGAAGCCACCCCCUCGCCCGUCAGUGAGUCUCAUAGCGAGGAAACUGUACCUAGCGACAGCGGCAUAGGAACAGACAACAACAGCACUUCUGACCGGGGAGAGAAGGCCUGCGGCGUGGGGAUGCCACCUGGGAUGGCCAAUGGGCUGCUAAUGCCAGGGGUGAUGGGCUCAGCUGUGGGGGUAGGAGUUGGGCUGAACCCUCAUGGUGGACUAAGACACUCGUCCUCAGUGCUGCUGGAGCACCCCUCAUCCUCUCCGUCACCGCUGGGGGUGAGAUCCUCACCCGACCCCCGCAGGCCCCAUCCGGCAGCCCCUCCCUCCACACUAGUGGGCCACAAAGAGAAACACAAGCACAAAUGCAAGCGCCGGAGCCACGGCUGCCCAGGCUACGACAAGCUAAAGAGGCAGAAGCGCAAACGCAAGAAGAAGUACCUGCAGCUGCGCUCCCGGCGCCAGGACCCCGACUUCCUGGCCGAGCUGGAUGAGAUUGUGUUGAGGCUGAGUGAGAUCCGGAUAGCGCACCGCACCCCGGCUCACAGACUGAGCAGUGGGCUGGGGAUGCCCCUGGGAGCUGAAGGAGCGAGCAGAGUACCAGGGUCGGGUGGCAGGGCCGCUGGGACCAUAGGAGGUGCUGGUGGCCCCCCUCCGCAUCACUACCUGCACAGAGACCUGCUCCCCACAAUCUUCAGGAUCAACUUCAGCGGCUACUACUCCCCACACCCCUCGUACCCCUGUGACUCUCUGCACUACGUCCGCAAGCCAGACCUGAAGAAGAAACGCGGGCGCCCUCCAAAGCUGCGGGAGUCAAUGUCAGACGUACCUUUUGUUCACGGGCUGGGGUUCCCACUAUCUAGCGGCGGGUUCUACCACCCAUCCUACAGUGUUCCCUACUCCUCUGGUCCCCUUGGUCUGGGCUACUACAGAGGAUACCCCCAAGCCAGCGCCCUGUACCCCCAUCACCAGAACCCCCUUUCUGCCUCAUCCCACCACUCCCAUCAUUCCCCCUCCUUCCACCCGCCGCCUCCCCCUUCCUACGUGCACCACCACCACCCGUCACACCUCCUGCUCAACCCCUCCAAAUUUCACAAAAAGAAACACAAGCUGCUGAGGCAGGAGUUCCUGGGUGGGGGCCGGUCUCCCGUGCUCUACCCUACUAUGUCCUCAGAGCUGUCGUUCGGCUGGCAUCACAAACACAAACACAGGCACAAACACAGAGAGCGCUGUGCCGAGGAGGACGGGGAAGAGGGAGGAGGAGGGAGCCGAGGUGCAGUGGGAAUGACCGAGAGCCCGGGAUCGGGAAGAGGAGAACGCGGAGCCAGCGGCGCUGGAAUGGCCGAAUCUCUGCAGCGCUGCCGCUUCGGAAGAGACUCCACACCUACUACCACCAGUGCCAACAACCAGGCCACGGCCAACUCCCCUUCCUCGUCCUCCUCUUCCUCAGCCGAGAGGUACAAGCGCAAGGAGACAUCCCUGUCUUGCCUGGGGCCCUCUCGCCUGACCCAGGGCAGUGCUGGGCCCCGGGGCCACCACCCCGUAGAGUCCUGGUUCAGGAUGGGAAGCUCUGAGGCAGACUACGCUAAGCUCUCCCGGAUCCCUGCGGGGGCCGACCAGAGUCCGUUCACAGAAGGGCAGGGAGAAGACCCGGCGGGCUGCUCAGACAGUGAGGAGGAAGACGAGGAGCCCCUCACGCCCACAGAUGAGAUGGACCCCAACUCCCAGGACCCCCCGCACCACACCAACCUGUUCGCCACCGCCCUGACCAGCACGUCGCUGAGGGGAGUCGGAGGCAGGAAGGGAGUGGCAGCGGAGAGUGCGAACUUCUCCCGGAUGGAGCUGAUGCUGAAAAAGGACCACUCCACGUCAGCGGAGAGGAGAGAGUUGGGCAAUACAUCAGGUGUCCAGACCCGAGGUGACCACUCUGCCCCUGAGGACCACCUCAUGCAGCACCACAACCACCACCCUCUGUUCCACUCCCUUUCUUCCUCCUCCGCCUGCCUCUCCCACUGCGGCCACGACUCACCCUCCCAGGGCUGCUGCCUGGACAAUGAUGCCUCCCCGCAGCACCACUCCCACCGGGCCCAGCCCUCCAAACACAGCCUGCACCACGUCAACAAGAUCCUCCGCGCCAAGAAGCUCCAGAGACAGGCGAGGACAGGCAACAACGUGGUCAAGAAGAGGGGCCCCGGGCGCCCCAGGAAGCAUCCCCUGCCCUCCCCGCCCCCAUCGCCGCCCCCUCCGGCUGAAGUGACCCAGACCAGGCACCGGGACCGAGGAGGAGGGUCAGGGGGAGGAGCGUGUAAAGAGGACACGGUGACAGACGCGAUCGAGUCGGUGGUCCAGGGCCAGCGCAGGAAAGGCCAGAAGAGGAAACUCUGGGAGAGAGAUGGGGAGGAAGAGGGGGAGGAAGGGGAGGGUGAGGAGGUAGCAGAGGGCGAGAAGGUGGAGGAACGAGCGCUGGACAGGGAGGUGAACCUGGGAGGCCUAGGGAUGAGGUCCAGAGCCGGGGGAGGAAGAGGCUGGCUUACCCAAGAGGAGCUGCAGCGCUUUCGCAGUGCUCUGGAGGGGAAACCAGAUGGCCCCUCCUCCCCGGAACCUCCGGGCACCGUCUCCAUGGAACAAGCUCCACCCAUGCCUAUAACCAGCCUACGGGAGAAGAGGGCAGCCAGGCCUCCAAAGAAGAAGUACCAAAAAGCUGGGCUCUACUCUGAUGUGUACAAGACUGCGGAUCCUCGCAGUCAGAUCCUGCAACUGAAGAAAGAGAAACUGGAGUACACACCUGGGGAACACGAGUACGGGCUUUUUCCUGCCCCCAUCCAUGUUGGAAAGUACCUAAGACAGAAGCGCAUUGAUUUCCAGUUGCCUUACGACAUCUUGUGGCUGUGGAAACAUGACCAGCUCUACGAGAAGCCUGACGUCCCCCUUUAUAAAAAGAUCAGAUCAAACGUCUAUGUGGAUGUGAAGCCUGUCUCGGGUUAUGAAGCCACCACCUGUAACUGCAGGCCUUCCGGGGAAGCCGUAGACAGAGGCUGCCUUGACGAAUGCCUCAACAGGAUGAGCUUUGCCGAGUGCUCUCCCGGCACCUGUCCCUGCGGGGAGCAGUGUGACAACCAGCACAUCCAGAGGCAUGAGUGGGUGCAGUGCCUGGAGCGCUUCCGUGCCGAGGGCAAGGGUUGGGGCAUUCGCACCAAGGAGCCCCUCCGCUCAGGCCAGUUCAUCAUCGAGUACCUGGGAGAGGUCGUCAGCGAGCACGAGUUCAGAAGUCGCAUGAUGGAGCAGUACUUCGCCCACAGCGGCCAAUACUGUCUGAACCUGGACAGCGGCAUGGUGAUCGACAGCUACCGGAUGGGCAACGAGGCCCGCUUCAUCAACCACAGCUGUGAACCCAACUGUGAGAUGCAGAAGUGGUCGGUGAAUGGGGUGUACAGGAUCGGCCUCUUCGCCCUCAGGGACAUGAGCAGCGGCACGGAGCUCACCUACGACUACAACUUCCACUCCUUCAACACCGAAGAGCAGCAAGUGUGUAAGUGUGGCUCUGAGGGCUGCCGGGGUAUCAUUGGAGGGAAGAGUCAGCGACUCAACGGGAUGCCUGGGAAGACGGGCGGGGCACGGCGACUGGGUCGACUCAAGGAGAAACGCAAGUCCAAGCACCAGCUGAAAAAACGAGAGGAGGAAUCAAGUGACAGCAGCAAGUUUUAUCCCCACCUUCUCAUGAAACCCAUGUCCAAUAGAGAGAGAAACUUUGUGCUGAAACACCGGGUGUUCCUGCUCAGGAACUGGGAGAAGAUGAGGGAGAAGCAGGAGCUGCUGAAGAGGGAGGGCGAGAGGGAGGCCAGCGGCGGCCUGUCCAUCUACACACGCUGGGGAGGAGUCAUCCGCGACGAUGGAAACAUCAAGUCAGACGUGUUCCUGACACAGUUCUCGGCGCUGCAGACGUCCCGGUCGGUGCGCACGCGGAGGCUGGCGGCGGCCGAGGAGAACACGGAGGUCACCCGCACCGCCCGCCUGGCGCACAUCUUCAAAGAGAUCUGUGACAUGAUCACCAGCUACAAGGACUCAGCUGGUCAGACCCUCGCUGCUCCGCUGGUCAACCUACCUUCAAGAAAGCGGAACAUGCAGUACUAUGAGAAGGUGUCCGACCCGCUGGACCUGAGCACCAUUGAGAAGCAGAUCACCACAGGGCACUACAAGACUGUGGAGGCCUUUGACACCGACAUGCUCAAAGUGUUCCGCAACGCAGAGAAAUACUACGGGCGGAAGUCGUCGGUUGGGAGGGAUGUUUGCCGGCUGAGGAAGGCCUACUACGGAGCUCGCCACGAGGCUGCCGUCCAGAUCGACGAGAUCGUUGGGGAGACGGCCAGCGAAGCGGACAGCUCGGAUUCGCUGGAGCGAGACCACGCACAUCACCACCACGGAGGGGGCUGGCCGGGCUCCCACGACAAGGACGAUGACAUCAUCCGCUGCAUCUGCGGCAUGUACAAAGACGAGGGCCUGAUGAUCCAGUGUGAGAAGUGCAUGGUGUGGCAGCACUUUGACUGCAUGCGGCUUGAGGCGGAGGUGGAACACUACCUGUGUGAUCAGUGCGACCCCCGACCUGUGGACAGGGAGGUGCCAAUGCUGCCCCAGCCCAGCUACGCCCAGUCUGGCUCCAUCUACCACAUCUGUUUACUGCGAGACGAACUGCUGCUGCACCAAGGUGACUGUGUGUACCUGAUGAGGGACAGCAGACGCACCCCAGAAGGCCAGCCAGUCAGGCAGUCCUACCGCCUCCUGUCCCAUGUCAACAGGGACAAGCUGGACAUCUUCCGCAUCGAGAAACUCUGGAAGAGCGAAAAGGGUGAGAGGUUUGCCUUUGGCCACCAUUACUUCAGGCCCCACGAGACACACCACUCGCCCUCGCGCCGCUUCUACCACAACGAGUUGUUCCGCGUGCCGCUCUACGAGAUCAUCCCACUGGAGGCCGUGGUCGGGACCUGCUGUGUCCUCGACCACUACACUUACUGCAAGGGACGGCCAAAGGGAGUGAAGGAGCAGGACGUGUACAUCUGUGACUACCGCCUGGACAAGUCAGCGCACCUCUUCUACAAGAUCCACCGCAACCGCUUCCCCGUGUGCACUAAGCCCUACGCCUUCAACCACUUCCCCAAGAGGCUGGCCCCCAAGAGAGACUUCUCGCCGCACUACGUUCCCGACAACUACAAGAGGAACGGGGGGCGUUCGGCCUGGAAGAGCGAGCGGCCCAAAGGAGUUGGAGGAGCCUGUGAGGACGAUGCUUCCCCAUGCGACCAGGGUGACAACUUCCGUCCGGAGAGUGAAAACAGAAGAGGGGUGGAGGGGGACAUGGAUGCUGCCCAAGAAGAAACCACACUCCCUGCGGCUGCCCCACCUCCACAACCAGUUGGGCCAGGGGAGGGAGAAGAAGAGGACGGGGGGCAGGAGGUAGAGGAGCAUAGGGAGCUGGAGGAAGGUGCAGCAGAGAGAGGAGUUGACAUGUUGGAUCUCCUCCCCUCCAUCUCUUCCUCACCCCUCCAUCACUCUGGACUUGGCAGGAGGGAGGCACAAAGGGAUCGGCUAAACAAGAUUCUGCUGGAUCUGCUACACAGAACACCCAAUAAGAAUGCCAUAGAUGUCACUUAUCUUCUAGAGGAAGGGUCAGGGCGGCGAUUACGUAGAAGGACGCUUGGAUUUGGAGACUUUGUGGGUAGAAAAUGAUGUUGCCACUUACCUGGCAAGCACAUUCCCCUUUCAUUCACUUGGGAGAGGUGGGGGUGAAAUGGAAAACAUGGUAAGGGAAGAUGACAUUUGCAAAGAGAAAGUGACCACAAAGGGCAAGGGUUGGUACCCUUCCCGGGCGUGUCCCCUCUUCCCCAACCUGUCAUCUCAAGUGAUGAGACAACCCAAUGACAACCCAACAGUUGGAAGCAGUGCACUCGGCUGUUGUGGUCAAUGGUAACGGUUUUGUUGGUGACACAAGGACUUCUUCUCAGGAGGGUGGACCCAGACUUAUUGAAGUACGAUGCAAAUGCAUUUUUUUUUACGUAGGAAAAAGUACCCCAUGCACUUAAAAAUGCGCAUUGAACAAAUGUUAAUCAAAGACAGCCCUGGUUACUCAGGGCAAAGAGACUAUUACAUAGGCUUCACAUUAUCUAUACACAUGGCUCAUCAGUGAAACCUUGAGUCAAUUAUUUUUAGUGAGCAAAAGAAAGCAACAUGUGGUACUGAACAUGGCUGUGGCAUAGUCAUAGACUCAAAUAUACUUUUUUUUUAACGAUAUCAAAUGGGAAUGAGGAGGCUGGAAACCUGCGCCCUCAGUGGGACUAGGUGGUAUUGAAACUAAACAUAGGCCACGAGACCUAAAUGUACGAGGAUAAGAGGCAUAGGAGGCUAUGCAGUGGACUGUAUGAGCAACUUGUAAACAUACACUGCUGAUGAUGAACUAGGAGAGAAGCUGCAGGAACGAGGUUGGUCAACUGCACUUUGGUACCAUGGAUAUGGUUGGCUCUCUAAUGUAUCAACGAGACACACUAACACUCACAUGUUAUUGGAUGAUGCAGUCUGAAAAGCAAGUUAAUAAUAAGUAUUUCUUUUUCUUUCAUACUGUAGUAAUUCAUUAGGAACAGAGAAGGAAGGACAGGAUUGUGUUUGUAAAGAAUAGCUGGUGGUCUUUGGAAAGAUAUAAUGUGCGCUUUUGGUCAGUCAAGUGUCUUGUCCGCUUCGCCCCUCUUUCUGAAGUACCUGAUUCACCAGCUUAAUGAAGUCAGGCGGCGGGAACACUGACUCUUACUGUAACGCCUUAGAACGCCGUGGUCCCUGACUGCCUUGCGUGAGUGUAUGCACAUUUGUGUGUCUAAUCUG